CUAGGAGAUGGUUUGUAAAAAAAAAAAAGAGUGGGAAGGGCUCGGGGUGAGGGACUUGAGGAAAUUCAAUCUAGCAUUGAUGGGGAAAUGGUGGGGACGCCUAGCAUCCAUGGAUAAGGGGUUGUGGAGGAGGGUAAUUGAAGGAAAAUAUAGUGAGGGCAUAGGUCAUUGGAUGGAUUGGGUAAGAGAUGGUAAAGGAACAAGAUCAUUAUGGUGGAGAGACGCAUGUAGCCUCAAUAUUAGAGACGGGGAAAAUGUAGGGUGGUUACUAGAAGGAUUUAGGAUAAAGAUAGGAGAAGGUAAAGGAGUGAGCUUUUGGUGGGAUAAGUGGCAUCGGGAGGGAUGUCUUGCUAACACAUUCCCUAGAUUAUAUCUUUUGUCAACAAGGAAGAACAAAGAAUGCUACCAAAUGGGCAAUGCUCACAAUGGAACAUGGAAAUGGAAUCUUUCAUGGAGAAGAACCCUGUUUGAGUGGGAAAAAGAGGUUGUUACGGAACUCCAUGGGAUGCUAGACAAUGUGAAGAUCACUCCUAGCUGUCCAGACAAACAUAUGGAUUACAAGAAACCGCAAGAUCUUCCAGGACAUAGAAGCGAAUAUGGCAUUAAGUUAAGAACUACAUUGUGGAAAACUGUUGUUUUGGGGCUUAAUGGCAAAAGAUCCAAACCCGCGCAUCUGCUCAUUCUUCUUCUUCCCGAAAGCCCCAAGCUGCCGACUCCUAUACUUGAAGAGAAACCGAUAAGAGCUUGAAGCUUUCCCCUUUCUUUUCUUGUUGGAGAAUGAAAAUUGAACCCAAAAUUCUUUCCUCCCCUCUGCAGAAUCUGGAUCUGCUCUGCUCUGCUACUUCCGGCUGCUGCUCUGCUGUGUGGGGGUGCGAAUUUCUCGGGUUUUUCUGAUUGCGUGAAUUUCCCCCUGCACUUUCCGCCGGCUCUUCCCCAACUGCAGCUCCGAUUUUGCUUGUUAAAUUUCGGAAGUGAAGUCAAGGACGGGGAAAAACAAGGGAGUGACGAGUUAGAGGGCUAGCUAUCUUGUAAAUUGAACAUAGAUUUUAGAUAUAAUCAUGAUCUUGUAAGUUAGACUGUAUUUGGAGAUUUUAUGAUAUUAAAGCAAAUUUAAAAUU